AUGGCCUCAAAGCGAGGUGCUUCCAGUGAUUUGAACCAUAACAAUUGGGAUCAAGAUGAAGAACCUGAGGAAUCUGGAACGUUUCAAAGGGCUUCAGAUGAUUCUCUAAAACGAAGAGUUAUUAAAACGGCUAGGAGAAGAAAUCCUAUUUCUUCUGUAAGGGGUAACGACGAGGAAAGUGACAAGAAAAGUGCCUUUACAAGUUUCAGCGGUUUCGGAAAGGCGCCCCAACCCACGACAUCGGCAUUUUCAUUUCUCUCGAACCUCGCAAAUCCAAAAUCACCACCCAAAGUAAACGGCAUUGAAAACAAAUCAUCGGAUAUAACCACGUUCAAAUUCAACAGUAUCCCAGUGACCAGCGCCAAUCCCACAGACAAAUCAAGCGAUACAAAGCUGAGUCAUACAUCGCAAUCUGAACAAAUUAAUACAAAUAUAUUUACCGGCACUUCUAAUCCUAAUAACAAUCCUAGCAACGCAGAUGAACAAUCGAACGACUAUUAUUCCAAACUGAAAGGCUUGAAUCAAAGCGUUUCCAAUUGGAUAAAAAAACACGUCGAUACAAAUCCAUUUAUUAAUCUGCAACCGAUUUUUAAAGACUACGAAACAUAUUUCAAUGAAUUAGAGAAAGAGAAAGACUUGAAACCUGACACUAACAAAGUGGAUAAAAGCAAAAAUGACGUUUCUUCCAUAUUCAAGGCGACGGAUAAUAUUCCAGAUAGUACUACUGAAAAAGCGCAACCCGCUCAAGUGAGUAAAAAGAACGAAGAUGUUCAGAAAGCCGAAAAAACGGAGACCGUCGUUCCUAAGUUUUCUUUUGGGUCAUCAAUGGGGAGUGGUUCUACCACGCCUUCGUUUAGUUUUGGAAGUACAAAGAGCACUGGGUCAGCGUUGUUUUCAUUGGGAACGACAACAACUGACUCGACAAAAACAACCACCACAUCCUUGUUUACAUUCGGCGUUAAGCCCACCACAACCACCACCGCCUCCACUACUACCACCGGUCAGACCUCAUUCAACUUCACGUUCAGCAACGUCGCCAAACCAGCGACUGCCGACGACCAAACAAAAGAGGCGGAUGAUGAUGAAGAACCGCCCAAAAACGAUUUCACCCCUGUAGUCGAACAAGACCACGUCUACACCGCCAGGUGCAAGGUGUUCGUGAAGAAUGACGGUAAGUUCGGCGACAGAGGCGUUGGAAAUUUGUACCUCAAACCCAUAGAGAACAGCGAAAAGGUCCAAUUGAUCGUUCGGGCCGAUACGAACUUGGGAAAUUUGCUGUUGAAUCUGAUCCUGUCAGAUGCCAUACCCGUGAAGAGGUUGGGCAAGAAGGAUGUUAUGUUGGUGUGCGUUCCUACUCCCGAAGCCGCUCCUCCGCCGGUUCCUGUUUUGUUGAGGGUGAAGAACGGCGACGAGGCUGACGAGCUGCUGGGGACGCUCGAGAAACACAAAAAAUAG